AUGUCCAACGGUGUCAUUCGUCAUGCUCGCAGGGAGGAUGUCCCCAUCAUCCUCGACCUGAUCCAGGCGCUCGCCGACUACGAGAAGGAGCCUCAGUCCAACAAGGCCACCGUCGAGUCGCUCAACAAGACCAUCGCCUUCGCGCCCUCCGGCGCGCCCUCCGACCCCAACACCACCGGCUACGUGCCCAACACCGAGGCCACCUCCGCCAGUCGGCCCGCGCGCUGCUUGCUGCUCGACAACCCCGAGGGCGAGACCGUCGCCAUGGCGCUGUACUUUUACAACUACAGCACGUGGCGCGCCUGCCCGGGCAUCUACCUCGAGGACCUGUUCGUGCGGCCGUCGCAGCGCGGCCGCGGCUACGGCAAGGCGCUGCUGGUCCAGCUCGCCAAGGAGGUCGUCUCCUUUGGCGGCGCCCGCCUCGAGUGGUCGGUGCUCAAGUGGAACGAGCCGAGCAUCAAGUUUUACGAGAAGAUUGGCGCGCAGGGCAUGCAUGAGUGGAUGACGAUGCGCGUCACCGACGACGGCCUGACCAAGCUUGCCGGCCUGCUGGACUGA